UGUUAUUUUUCAUCUGUUGUAAGACAUUGUUUUUGUAAAUUAGAAAAUCCUAUCAGAAAUAAUGAACUGCAACAAUUUAAAUUGUUUUUCGAUUACAACAAAAGCAAAAUCCCAAUAAACUUAUUGAAGAAGAAAAUAACAAUAAACGUAAAUUGAAUGAAGUUUCCUAAAGGGCAACAAAGAACAGACAUUUGGAGUGUGUUUUCUUCUCUGCCUUUUCUAGUAAAUCUUAUUAAGGUAAAAACUUUAACAUCUUCACAUGGGUAAUAACAUUACAUAUGAGCUAGAAGAUUUUGACGAUUAUGUGAGCGACGACAGUUCCCUGAGUCUGGAUAAUGGUAACUUAAGUUUUGCUUACUCUAUGGUCUUAACACAAAUUGAACGUGAAGAUAGGAAAGAAAUGCCACCAGUGAUACGCAAAAAACCUGAUUUAAGAAUAUUCCGUCAUACUAUGAUGUAUAAGGAGAUUAAGGCCCUUAGUGGAUUUCCAGCCAACAGCAAGAAACCAAAUGAACGCUGGUGUCUAGCUCGGGGUUUGAUGAAACGUGAAAACGGCUUAUCCGUUUGCAAACGUGGGGCCUUUAGCCUCAAUCAACAGAGACGCAUAGGAAACUUUUUUGUGCCCAAUAAGAAAGUUGACCGUUUAAUGUCGUUAGACUCCAAGAUUUACAUUUGUAAAUUCAAUAAUGAUGGCUCUCGUCUAAUAACUGCCUCUCAAGAUGGUACGGUACGUAUAUUUGAUGCAUCCAAAGGUACCUACAAUCGCAUACAACGUUUCAAGGUGAGAUAUCUUAACUGGAGUAUAUUGGACAUAGAUUUUAGUCCUUGCGGACGUUUCUUUACUUAUUCCACCUGGGAAGAUGCAUUUCAUGUCUCACCCAUGGAGGGAGAUGGUACUGAUGCCGAAAACUAUAGCAUCGGCAAUGAUCGCUAUCGUACUGGUAUGUUUUCCGUAAGAUUUUCACCCUGCGGUCGCAACUUAAUUGGUGGCUUAACCGAUUCAAAAAUUAUAGUCUGCGAUCGUGAGACUCGUCAUGUUAACACAAUUCGCACGGAUAAUUCAUCAGUUGACAUAAAUGCCAUUAGCUAUGUAAGCGAUCAAGAUCCAAAUUUAAUUGUAAGUGGUUGCCACAAUGGCAUUAUUAAACUUUGGGACCUACGAUGUUCAAGUGGUUGCUCUCAUCGCUCAACUAAAGCUAGCAGUGUUUUUCUGGGGCAUUUCGAUAGCAUUACUUAUAUAGAUCCACGAAAUGAUGGCCAUUAUAUGUUGAGCAAUUCCAAAGAUCAAAGUAUUAAAAUUUGGGAUUUGCGUCAACCAACACCGAAAAGUAAAAUACGAAGUCCUCCCAAUGCUCCACUAAUUGACUGGGAUUAUCGCGCCAAUCAGGUGCCUAGAGAGUAUUAUAAUCCUACCAAGGUUUUAGAUGGAGAUGUAAGUGUCAUGACCUAUCGGGGUCAUCGUGUUACUAAAACUUUAUUGCGUGCUAGAUUUUCACCAGCUAUUCAGACGGGACAGCGUUAUAUAUACACAGGUUGUAGUACAGGAAGAAUUAUUAUUUAUGAUGUAUUAACGGGCCACAUUAAAGAGGCCAUAGAAAGUCAUCGCCAUGUAAUAAGAGAUUUACAUUGGCAUCCAAUUCGAGAUGAAAUUGUGUCUGGUUCGUGGGAUUACCAAGUAAACUUAAAUAUGUAUAAAAACAAACCAAAUCUUAAAAGAAGUAGUACUGAAGAAAUCGAAAGGCCUUUGCGUCGAUCACGACGCAUAGCACACCGUAAGGGAGAAUUGGAAGCCGAGGAAGAAGAAGAAGACGAUGAAAAUGAUUUUUAAUAGCUAGAAUGCAUAUUUCCAAUCUCUUGAGAUAUUUUAUUCAGAUUAUAACAUCGUACAUUAUUAAACUAGUUAUAUAUAUAGAGAGUAUGUACUUUAGUUUCCACCCUUCUCCAUCUCAAUCAAUUUGUUAACACGCUACACACAAAGUGUGCAAGUGUUGUAUAGAUUAUUAGUAUGUACAACAAUGAAUGUAAAAAUGAUUUUCUUAAUUUUUCUUUUAGUUUUUUUUAAUAUUAAUUACAUAUAAAUCUUGAAGUUUUUUUAUGACUUUAGUAUAUAAUUUACAUAAAAUUUUCGCAGCUUCUACUGGAAGUAAGAAAUUUUCUUUUAUAGAGGUACAGCGAGUCUGUGCCUUUUUGUACUGUAGAACAACUGGAAAGUCCUUGGAAAAGGACAAAUAAUUCAUUUCAAUUUAAAUUUAAUUAUGGCUAUGAAUUAAUGAAAUUAAUGUGAUUCUUUAUUUUAAUUUUCAUUCAUUUUUGUAUGAGUUCUUCUUGUAUUUUAGAUUCUUUUUAAUAAAACUAAAAACAAUAUG